AGGAGGAAUAGGAGGGGGUCCCGCCGUUAUACAUAAAGCCGGCUCCUUCCGAGAGCUGCAGUCGCUGGCAGCAGCAGUAGCAGCAGCAGCAGUAGCAACGGCUGCCGCUUGGCUCCUGACGCUGGGAAGGAGGGAAGCCCGUCACGUGGGAACGGCAGAGCGAAGCCCAGCCGAGCAGCGGCGGCGGCGGAGGAGGCGAGCGAGCGAGCGGCGGGCAGGUGGGCGGACGGACGGACGAGGGAGGGAGCCAGGCAGAGAGGCGAGCCAGGCGACGUCUGGCUCCGGCAGGCUCCGUGGAGGAGGCGGCGGCGGCGGCGGCGGCGGCGGAAGAAGAGGACCCUUCACCCCACGGGGGUGGUAUUUCCCGGUUGCGCGGGAUCCCGGGCGCUCCCGCCGGCCUUGCGCCUCGCCGGCCCGCCUGGCAAAGCAGGCAAGCAAGCAGCGCGAUGGGGCUCCGGGAGCUGUCCGUGGUGCUGAUCCUGGCCGGAGGACUCGUGCGCGUGAGCCUGCAAGGGGAGUACCAGCGAAAACUUUACCGAGAGCUGUUGAAGAAUUACAAUCCCUUGGAAAGGCCGGUGGCUAAUGAUUCUCAGCCGCUCACCGUCUCUUUCAGCCUUAGUCUCCGACAAAUUAUGGAUGUGGAUGAAAAGAAUCAAGUAUUAACCACGAACGUUUGGCUGCACAUGUAUUGGACAGAUUAUUAUCUACAAUGGAACAUGUCUGAGUAUCCUGGAGUAAAGAACGUUCGCUUUCCUGCUGGACAGAUAUGGAAGCCAGAUAUCCUUCUAUAUAACAGCGCCGAUGAACGUUUUGAUGCUACUUUCCACACAAAUGUUUUGGUCAACUCUUCAGGAUACUGUCAGUAUCUUCCUCCAGGGAUUUUCAAGAGUUCUUGCUCCAUCGAUGUCCGAUGGUUUCCUUUUGAUGUCCAGAACUGUAAAUUGAAGUUUGGAUCCUGGACUUAUGGAGGCUGGUCUCUUGAUCUCCAGAUGCAACAAGCAGAAAUCUCUGGAUACAUUUCAAAUGGAGAGUGGGAUUUAGUGGGAGUUCCAGGCAAGAGGACAGAAUCCUUCUACGACUGUUGCAAAGAGCCCUAUCCAGAUGUGACCUUUACAAUCACAAUGCGACGGAGAACACUGUAUUAUGGACUUAAUCUUCUCAUCCCGUGUGUCCUGAUCUCAGCGCUUGCCCUUCUGGUGUUUCUGCUUCCAGCUGACUCUGGAGAGAAAAUUUCACUUGGAAUCACGGUUUUGUUAUCCCUCACUGUUUUUAUGCUUCUGGUGGCCGAAAUCAUGCCAGCAACAUCGGACUCUGUGCCAUUAAUUGCUCAAUAUUUCGCCAGCACCAUGAUUAUUGUCGGACUUUCAGUGGUGGUGACAGUGAUUGUCCUACAGUAUCAUCACCAUGAUCCCGAAGGUGGCAAAAUGCCAAAGUGGACCAGAAUUAUCCUCCUCAACUGGUGUGCCUGGUUCCUGAGGAUGAAGAGGCCUGGAGAAGGCCGAGUGCGCCCGGCUUGCCAGCACAAACGCCACUGUAGCAUUUCAAGUGUGGAGAUCAAUACGGUCAGCGGUCAGCAAUCCAGCAAUGGGAAUAUGUUGUACAUUGGCUUCAGGGGUCUGGAAGGUGUCCACUGCACCCCAACCACCGAUUCCGGGGUGAUCUGUGGAAGAAUGGCUUGUUCUCCCACGGAUGAGGAGAACCUCCUUCACAACGGGCACUCUUCUGAAACAGACUCGGAUCUAGCAAAGAUCCUCGAAGAGAUCCGGUACAUCGCCAACCGAUUCAGAGACCAGGAUGAAGCUCAAGCGGUUUGCAACGAGUGGAAGUUUGCCGCCUCUGUGGUGGACCGCCUCUGUUUGAUGGCCUUCUCGGUCUUCACCAUCAUCUGCACCAUCGGCAUCCUGAUGUCGGCGCCCAAUUUUGUGGAGGCGGUUUCGAAAGAUUUUGCUUGACCUGCGCUUGGGGACUGCCCCGAACCCCAAAGUUGGCCAUUUCUCAAAAAUCUGUUAUGUAGCAAUAAUGUAUUUCAGGGCACUUGAUUCUAUUGCAUAUGUGGAUGCAAACUUUGCUUUUUUUCUUUCCUGGGGGAGGCAGGGGGGA